AUGGAGGAGGACCAGGAGACGAUGACGUGCCAUUUCAUGUCCGAACCGGUAUGCUAUGCUGCAGGAUCUCAGCUAUUGGUGUCCUCUCGGAUACUUGCAGUUGUGUUGCCUUUGCCUCUCAGUGGCUUUGCCUUGCAGCCAUUUUGGCUGAGGCUGCGACAGCUCUCAUCGGUAGGGAGAGUGCUGUGGGAAAAGAUGGACAUGGGCGGCGGUGUCGCGGAGUACCAUGUACAUGUUGACGGCGUAACAGAGUGCCACGUGCACGUUGACGACGACACCUUCCUUUGCUGUCCGAUUCCCGACGACACCAACUUGGCCGGCGUGGUCAUGACGCAUCGCCUUGAGAGGCUACACGAGCUCUCCCUGAAGAACUUUCAUCUGGCUAUUUGCUGCCUGAUCUACAUCGCCGUGAACAUGGCGUGCCUGGUCAUGAACAGCAUGGGAGAGGAGUGGCUUGGCGUUGGCAGCCGCGAGCUCACGUUCCACCUCGUGGAGUUCUGGGCCACCUUCGUCUUCUCCUGCGUCCAAGUCUACUCAUUAGUCUACUCGCCACGGAGUGUGGGCGCCAUCUACAGGAACCCCCUGGUCCUCAAGACGGUCAUCUUCCUCAACGUGGCCUCCACAUUCUUCUCGGCACUCCUCGUGUCUGUGAGUUUGGAGUCUUUCGAGGUACUCUCCCAUGAGAUCGAGUAUAGUAACGAGAUCACCAUGGCCUUUGUGGACGUGGUCCUGCUCGGGGUCGUGGCAAGACAAGCUGGGUACAACAUCGACAGGGCGGGCUUCACGCUACUCACCACCCUGCUCACGUUGGUUGUUGCAGUGGCGCAGCUGGGCAUCUACAACAUGCUGGAUGGGCCAAAUGGAGGACGUUGGGGGGUUUAG